AUGGCGAGUGGCGGGCGGCGUUCGGGGGAGUUGGGCUCGUUACGUGGUCAAGUCUUUGGAGGCUGGCGGGGGGAGGGGAGGUGUAAGCCCAAAACUGCCGGCGCGAGGCGAGCGAGGGCCGCGGGAGCGAGCGGGCGCGGGAGGGAGGCCUCGGCGUCGUCGCAGGGGCGGGCGGCGGUGGCGGAGGGGGCAAGCGGGGCCGGGAGCGGCGGGCGGGCGGGUGGGCGAGGGCGCGGUGGAUGGUUUGGAGCUGGCUUUAGUGACCCCCAGACUUCCCUUGCCCGUGAAAACAGCUUAUUUUCCCCCAAGCAUCAUUUGUGGAAAUUGGCCGCCUCUCUGGCCCCUGUAUUGUUGGCCAAUGGAACUUACACGGGAACUAAAGAAUCUUCAGCUUCCUACAACUUCACAGUUGUAAAGGCCUAUAAUCUUUCUGCUUGUGUUCAUUUUCCACAAGUAGUAAUGAUUGACCCCAUAGAUAUAGCUAAUAAUACCAUUACCUGCAUCAAUUCUAAUGCUUUGGACAUGGCCAAUGUGUCUACUGUAUCUGAAUUUGUUUUGCUUGGUCUCUCUAAUUCUUCGGAAACAUCGAUGUUUUUCUUUAUGGUGUUUUUAUUGUUUUAUGUGGCAACAGUGGUAGGUAACAGCCUCAUAGUUAUCACAAUUGCUGCUGACUCCCAACUGCAUUCUCCUAUGUAUUUCCUGCUUACCAAUCUUUCUAUUAUUGAUAUGUCCCUCGCUUCCUUUGCCACUCCCAAAAUGAUUACAAAUUACCUUACUGGUCAUAAAACUAUAUCUUUCAAUGGUUGUAUCACACAGAUAUUUUUUUUGCAUCUUUUCACUGGUACUGAGAUUGGUUUACUAAUGGCUAUGUCUUUUGAUAGAUAUAUUGCAAUCUGUAAGCCCCUGCAUUAUGCUUCAAUCAUUAGUCCCCAGAUAUGUAUUGCCCUUGGGGUAGCUUCGUGGGUGGUGGGAAUCAUGCAUUCAAUGAGUCAGGUUAUAUUUGCCCUCACAUUACCAUUCUGUGGCCCCAACAAGGUAGACAGCUUUUUCUGUGAUCUUCCUGUGGUGUUCCAGCUGGCUUGUGUGGAUACUUACAUUCUGGGCCUGUUCAUGAUCUCAACAAGCGGAAUUAUUGCUUUGUCCUGUUUUAUUCUUUUAUUUACUUCAUAUGUGUUUGUCCUCAUUACAAUCAAGAAUCAUUUCUCCAGAGGGUCUUCUAAAGCCCUUUCAACCUGUACAGCUCAUUUCAUCGUUGUCUUCAUGUUCUUUGUGCCAUGCAUUCUCAUCUAUAUGUGGCCACAAAUCAGAUUCGAGACAGAGAAGAGUUUGUCUGUAUUUUACACCAUCUUUACACCUGUUCUGAACCCAGCUAUCUAUACGUUGAGAAAUCAAGACGUAAAAACAGCCAUGAGGAGGCUCAAAAACAGGUUUCUAAAUUCCAAUAAGAUUGCUCCUUCUCAGGCUUUUCAGGCUUUUCAGACUUGCAGUGAAAAGGCAAGUAAGAUCACCAUGGGCUCCUUCAGCAGUAAUAAGGAUGGCACCAUUUACCAAAGUUCCUGGAAAGGGGCACAUGAUUUUAACAUUCAGUCCAUCCAGAAAUCCUUACCAAAUGCCAUAAGUUGUCAGGGUCAUUUGCCCCCAGUGCUCUCCAGGCCAGCAGGAGAGAUGGGGAAGUGCGCCCCGACCAAGGUGGGCCAAGAAAAAGUGAAGGGUCGACGGGUGUCCGCAUCCAACCCUCCCUCGCCAGAGGACAAUCAGACAGCCUGGGAGAGGGUCUCGCACAGUCUUGCUUUACUGAAUGAGCUCUGCUCUUAA